AUGGGCACGGCGCCCGAUUGCCCACAGAUGCCACGGUCCAUUGACAAUGAAACAACUCGACUCCUCGAGCGUACUGCACCGGAAAUCUUUGAAGUCUUCAAGUUUCAGCAAGGCGAGGAAAUCCAAGGCCAGGAGGACUGCCUCACUGUAUCAGUGCAGCGACCAAAAGGCACUCAGGCGACGGAUAAACUACCGGUACUUUUCUACAUCUUCGGCGGCGCAUUCGAGUUUGGCGGUACGGCGUCUAACAACCCCGAAGCAUUUGUUCGUUUCGCCCAGUCCCAGAACCAAAGCUUCAUCUUUGUCGGUGUCAACUAUCGUCUUGCUGGCUUCGGGUUUAUGGGCGGCGCGGAAAUCUUGAAAGACGGCAGCGCCAACCUUGGACUUCUGGACCAACGCAUGGGCCUAGAGUGGGUAGCGGACAACAUUGCCUUCUUCGGCGGUGACCCGGACAAAGUCACCAUAUAUGGUCACUCAGCUGGUUCAAUUUCAGUGUUCGACCAGACAGCUUUGUUUGGGGGAAACGUAACCUACAAAGGCAAGCCGCUUUUCCAUGGCGCCAUGAUGAGCGGUGGCAGCGUCCUUGCUACCGAGCCCGUGGACUCCCCCAAGGCGCAGGCCAUUUACGACAAUGUUGUCGAUAUUGUGGGCUGCAAUCAGACUGCCGAUACCUUGGACUGCCUCCGCCAUGCACCAUUUAAGGAUCUCUAUCACGCCAUAAACACGGCCGGUCGAGUUAACAGCUAUGCCUUCCUGGCACUCCCCUACUUACCUCGCCCAGACGGCCAGGUCUUGACACAGAGUCCCGAUGUUCUGGCCAAGGAGGGCAAGUACCAUGCCGUGCCUGUCAUUAUUGGCGACCAGGAGGACGAGGGGACCAUAUUUUCGCUUACCCAGACAGACGUCAAUAGCUCGGAUCGCCUCGUUGACUAUUUCGCCAAAUACUUCUUUCACAGGGCCAGCAGAGAGCAGGUUGCGGGCCUAGUUGGCACAUAUCCCACAGAGUCUGCGGCAGGAAGUCCAUUCCGAACCGGCGACCUGAAUGAAUACUACCAGCUAUACUCCAAAGGCAAUGGCUUCAAACGGCUAGCUGCGCUGUCGGGCGACAUUACGUUCACACUCACACGCCGCCUAGCCAUUGAGGCCAUGGAUGAGUCGAAUCCAAAUGUACCUAUUUGGUCAUACCUUGGGUCUUCCUCGUAUGGAGUUCCAUAUCUCGGGUCGUUUCACGGAUCCGAGAUCUUGCUGCUCUUCAGCGGUAUCGGCCCGGCAGCGCGGUCGAGCCGAACACACUACCUUAACUUCAUUUAUAAUCAGGACCCCAACAUUGGAGUGCAGCAGAGCCAGCAAUGGCCAAGGUGGACAAAGGACACCCGGCAACUGCUUUGGAUCAAGCGGCAAUCUAACGAUCUGACGCGUGACGAUUUUCGAAAUGAGAGUUAUGCUUUCAUAAAGGAUAACAUCAAAGCACUGUACUAUUGA